AUGUCGUCUCCCCGUGAACCGGUCACCAUCGUAGGGAGCGCCUGUCGUUUCCCCGGUGGCGCUGACAACCCUCAGAAGCUUUGGGACUUGCUAUCGCAACCACGCGACGUCGGCAGGAGAAUACCGGCCGAUCGCUUUGCCGUCGAUGGCUUCUGGCACGAAGAUGGCUCACAUCAUGGUACCUCUAAUGUUGCUCAUUCGUACUUCCUGGACGAGGACCCGCGGCUGUUCGACGCCAACUUUUUCAACAUCAAUCCCCGUGAGGCGGUGGCGAUGGAUCCUCAGCAUCGUCUCCUUCUCGAAACCGUUUACGAGUCAUUAGAGUUCGCGGGAUGGUCGCUCGAGUCGAUGCGGGGAACGCCAACCGGCGUCUAUGUUGGUCUCAUGUGCGCCGAUUAUUACGACGUCCAGGCUCGGGAUCCCGAGUCUCUUCCCCAGUAUAACGCCACGGGUACAGCCCGGAGUAUCUUGUCCAAUCGAGUCUCGUAUUUCUUCGAUUGGAAGGGCCCCUCGCUGACCGUGGAUACCGCCUGUUCCUCGAGUCUGGUGGCCGUGCAUCAAGCCGUUCAGGCUUUGCGUCAAGGAGAGUGCACGGCUGCCAUUGCGGCCGGUGCCAACUUGAUCUUGGGCCCCGAGAUGUUCAUCGCCGAAUCCAAGUUGCAUAUGCUUUCCCCAACGGGCCAGUCACGCAUGUGGGACGCAAGUGCGGAUGGUUACGCGAGGGGUGAAGGGAUCGGCGUCGUGGUUCUCAAGCUUCUGAAGGACGCUAUUCGAGAUGGAGACACCAUCGAGUGUGUCAUCCGAGAAACGGCUGUGAACUCGGACGGCCGAACAAAUGGAAUCACAAUGCCAUCCGCUGCCAGUCAAGCCGCGCUUAUCAGGCAGACAUACCUCCGGGCAGGAUUGGACCCGGCAAAGGAGUCCGAACGAUGUCAGUAUUUUGAGGCACACGGAACAGGGACGCCCGCAGGUGACCCUAUUGAAGCGGAAGCAAUAAAGUCCGUCUUCUUCCCUCGUGCAACCAGCCCGAGUGAAACACAAGUGAACGCUCUUUUAGUGGGCUCCAUAAAGACAGUGGUGGGCCACACCGAGGGAACGGCGGGUAUUGCCGGUCUGAUGAAAGCGUCCCUGGCCCUGCAGAAUGGAACCAUUCCGCCAAACAUGCAUUUUAACCGUCUCAACCCAAGCAUAUUACCGUUCUACAAUAACCUGCAGGUCCCUGUUGUCCCCACAUCCUGGCCCAAAGGGGGAGUUUUCCGUGCCUCGGUAAAUAGCUUUGGGUUUGGAGGCACAAACGCACAUUGUAUCCUGGAGCGUUACGAUCAAUCCCUGCACGGGGACUUGCACUUGUGCAAAUUUUGCCUAACGGACCCUGUUGCAAGCCGCGAAGGCGACUUUGUACUUUUACCAUUGUCUGCGUAUUCAGAGCGCUCACUUUCACUGCUGGUUGAUUCAUAUAUUGAAUAUCUAACGAGGAACCCCUCCACCGAUCUAGGAUCAUUUGCACAUACAUUACGAAGUCGCUCUAUAUUUCCAUCCCGAGAUUAUGUCCGUGGAUUCUCACGAGAGCAAAUCUUAGAGCAGUUGCAUGACUUGAAGGCUGACUCGAGCAGUCCAAGGAAAGGCCUAGAAAGCAGCAGAAAUUUGCCACCAGGAGACGCCGGCCGUGUUCUAGGAGUUUUCACCGGCCAGGGGGCGCAAUGGCCAACGAUGGGCCGUGACCUGAUCUUGAGAUGCGGGGCCUUCUCUUCAACUAUUGAUCGUUUAGAUGACACCUUGAGACAGCUUCCUGACCCACCUAGUUGGACGCUUCGUCAGCAGUUAGAAGCCGACAAGGAUGAAUCAAGAUGUAACGAAGCCGUCUACUCCCAGCCCCUGUGUACCGCUAUACAAAUUGCUCUGGUAGAUUUGUUGCGAAGUAUUGACAUCAAGUUCUCUGUGGUCAUCGGCCAUAGCAGCGGGGAGAUUGCUGCAGCAUAUGCUGCUGGUUGCCUGACAGCCAAGGCGGGUAUUAUCAUCGCCUAUUAUCGGGGAAUCUAUUCAAAGCGAACAGAAUCGGAAACCGAACCUGAUCUCGCGAUGAUGGCGGUGGGAGUGAGUUUUUCCGAAGCUCGCAAAAUCUGUAGUCGUCCGGAAUAUUCAAAUCGAAUUUUCGCUGCCGCCAGCAAUGCGCCCUUCUCUACAACAAUUUCUGGGGAGAAGGCAGUCUUGCAAAAUGCAUUGGAGGAGUUCCAAGAAAGAGAGAUCUUUGCGCGAAUGCUUCACGUUGACAGGGCAUACCAUUCACCUUUCAUGGAAUCCUGUGCACAACCCUAUCUGGAUGCCCUACACCGGUGUGACAUCAAAUACACCGACGCACAACCUCAUUGCACAUGGGUAUCUUCUGUCCAUGGAUUCGAGAUGGAUUCAAGCUCUGAUAUAGUUGACAACAAUUACUGGAUACGCAAUCUACUGCGGCCAGUGCUGUUUUCCAACGCCCUGGAGCAAGCAAUCAAAGACCAUGGGCCGUUCGAUGCUGGCAUUGAAGUUGGUCCCCAUGCAGCGCUGGCGGGACCAACGUCGCAGAACCUCAAAGCCACGAAACAAACUCCAAUUCCAUAUUAUGGAACCUUAAAACGCGGCGAGAAUGACAUCUUGGCUAUUGGCACUUGCGUGGGCAAUCUAUGGACGACUUUGGGUUCUUCCGCUGUUAGCCUGAGCAAGUUUCAAACCGCCAUCAACGGUAGCCCAUCCGGCAGCUUCCGUAUGUUGAAGGAUGUUCCGACAUAUCCAUGGAACCAUGAAGAGGUGUACUGGAAAGAGACUCGUCUGUCAAAGGAGUAUCGGAGUCGCCAGCAACCGCAUGAGCUGCUGGGCCCGUGUAUCGAGAAGUCAGAGCAGCAGAUACGAUGGCGCAAUGUUCUUCAUCCGCAAGAGAUCCCGUGGCUUCAGGACCACAAGUUGCAAGGGGAUGUCUUGUUCCCUGCGGCUGGGUACUGUGUCAUGGCCGCGGAAGCUGCAUUGAAAUCAUGGGAGCAGCCAUUGCAGAUGAUCGAGCUGUAUGAUCUCGAUAUUCGACGUGGUAUAAAUCUUGACGAUGGCUCUGCUGGGAUUGAAGUCGUCUCGUAUUUGAAUCGGGAUUCUUCUGAGAAUGGACGCGCUUCCGGUGCAAAAUCGGCUGAAAUGCGAUUUUCAUGCUGUGCCGGCAAGAUCGACGGAACGGAUCCCUUGAAUAUUCGGUUCACUGCUAGCAUUCGCGUCCAACUGGGAAACCCGGACGUUUCACUGUUUCCUCCUAAGAUGGAAGACUCUUCGGAGCUGUCUGCUGUCGAAGUUGACCGUUUCUACAUGACAAAUGUUGGCCUUGAGUAUACCGGUGUUUUUCGGGGUCUGUUGAGCGCAGAAAGAAGGAUGUUUCAGACUUCGGCAAAAGUGAACUGGCUCCAAAGCUCAUUACCGAUACAUCCGGCUUCACUAGACUCCUGUUUCCAGGCCCUUUUCGUUGCAUUUGCAGCGCCAGGAGAUGAAAGCCUGCGAACUGCCUUUCUUCCUAGGAGAGUGAAGUCUAUGAGGUUGAAUCCUUAUCUUGUGCAAGGGGCCCCUGGAAAGUAUCAACCACUCUCUGUUGACGCUAACAUUACUGAAUUUCGCCCACCUACCCAAGACGAUUCCUCUCAUUUUACCGGUGACAUUGAGAUCUACAACACCGAGGGCAACUGUCUAAUCCAAAUAGAAGGAUUCAGCUGUGUAGCACUCGCUGCUUACUCAAAGGAACAGGACAGGCAGCUCUUUCAUACGACUGUAUGGGACCAGGACAUCUCUUUCGAUAUGGUGGUUUCCGAUUUCAAGUUUCCCAAUGAGCACCAUUCGGCUUCCUUGACAGAAUGCGAAAGGCUCGCCUAUGAUUACUUCCAGAUUCAUGAAUGCAUCACCCCAACAUCAGAGACUGUUAAAAUUGGGAACAUGACAGGAUUUGAAAUCAAUGAUUCAAGCUCCUUGGAUAUAAGAUUAAUCCAAGCUGCUCGCAACGCCUCUCUGGUGUCUGACGAGAACCGACAUCUUCAAUUUAUCGCGGCACGGGAUCGAUACGUGGAGUCGGGCCUUUGGGUCUGUCGCAUAAGAAACCACCUCACGCGUACUGUCAAGCAGGUUUGCCAUAAAUUUGCUCGCAUGAAAAUCCUUGAGCUUUUUGCAGGAAACGGCGCAACAACAGAGCUUGUUCUAGACUCACUAGAAGGCGCAUUUGUGUCAUAUUUGGUGACGGACCCAUCGCCGGAAGCUGUACAAGUUGCGCAGGCUGGUCUGACAUCGCGAAACGAUAGACUUCAGUUUAUGCCUUUGGAUAUCGGCGAGAUUCCAUUUGAGCAGUUCGAAGAUCAUACAUUCGAUCUCAUAAUUGCAAACACCUUUCCUUGCAAUUUUCGAGAUACAUGUUCGUCAUUGGAAAACGCUCAUCGGCUUUUGAAGCCGGGAGGUAUCUUACUCCUCGCUGGAACGACUGGUAUGUCGUUGUUUGCAUGUUUUAUCCGUGAGCAGGUGUACAACUUAGCGCCUAUUGAAAGAGGCCCAGAAUCAAUGGUCCGCUCCGAAAGUGACUGGGACAUGGUACUGGAGGAUUGUGGAUUCUCCGGGGUGGACUCCAUAGCCUACGACACCGCCGAGUAUUCAAACCAUUGCCACUCACUGAUCAUCUCCAGAGCCCAAGGAGCCCCCUUUGAGACGGUCUACCGACCGCUGGAAGUGGCGAGCAUGGUCCCUCUGGAAGAUGACAUUCUUAUCAUCGGCGGCAACUCGUUCCUUGGAGCUCGGAUAAUAGGUGAGCUUCAAUGCCAUUUCAAGACCUGGAACCACCAUAUCACCUAUGCCUUGUCCGUUGAUGAUAUACUUCGCGGGGGUAUACGUGUUCCAGCGUAUGUGCUGAACCUGGAAGAGUUGGACGAACCUAUUUUCAAGGACAUGAAUCCAGUAAAAUUCCGUGCUCUUCAGAAUCUUUUCCAGCAGUCCAAGAAUAUCUUUUGGAUUACAGAAGGUUACAAACAAGCCGAUGCCUACAGUGCUAUGACCGUUGGUCUUGGUCGAGUGGUGACUACGGAGUCGCCGAACUUGAAUCUUGUAUUCCUCGAUGUUGACAACCCCAAGACGCUGGAAUGUUCAAUCUUAGCUGUCUUGUUUACGCAGUUUGUUCAGGGAGCUGAAGCUCGCAUGAAUGAAAACCAGGCUCUCUGGGUUCAAGAACGUGAGAUGGCAAUUGAAAAUGGGCGCCUUUAUAUUCCCCGGGUAGUGCAUGCGAAGGAAAUGAAUGAUCGAUUCAACUCUUGGUUCCGACCCAUAACGAAGGGCCUGCCAUUGGGAAUUUCCUCUGCCCAAAGGUUGUUACAAUCCCAUUCCCUGGAAGACAAAAAUGAGCCCCCCGUUGCUGUGAAUGUAAUCGCGUGCUCAUCGAUGGCCUUCAGAAUUUAUGAUGGAACAUGUGUCUAUCUUUCCAUUGGUUUGAUGGAGCAUGAGGGGCGCGAAACCAUGGCUCUUGCCUUUACAUUGUCACAGAGUCAACUGAUUAUGGCAAGCAAUUACUUUGUGCUGGACAAUGUCAUCAGUAAGGACUCGGUGCCGGACGUCCUGAAGUUCUUAACUGCCAUGCUUGUUUCCGCAAGAGUGCGAGAAACCGCCACAUUUGGAAAAACCGUCAUUUUCACCAACGAUCCGGAACUAGCUAAGGUGCUUUUCCUGGCUCAAAACGACCACGAGCCACUCCUGAGACUGGCUACUUCUGACAAAGCGCUUGCCGAUCUUUACGAGUCAACUAUUUACCUGCAUCCGCACGCGCCCCUGAGGAGCCUUCGACUGCUCCUCCCGAAGGAUAUUUCUUUGUACGUGAACCUCGAUCCCAAUCCGAGGUCGCUAAAUGAUCGACUGCUUGAGGUUAUCCCGGAGGCAUGCGCUACCAUUGACUGGCACUGCUUCUUCUCUUGGCGAGCGUCUCCUUCAACAAAUUUACUUAGCAAGUCCACCUCAACAGUCGCUGUCUUGGAAUCAGUCUGGCAUGAUUAUCUCGCGAAUGAACAGGCGCUCCAGGGUGUCGAUACGAAUAACUUUGAGACCACAACAGUCUGUGCGGUAGAGCGAUUUACCAACACUAGAAUCGAAUAUCAAGUGGAACGCCUGGACCCGAAAGAGUUUCUUCGCAGCGAUGCAACCUAUUUCCUGGUCGGAAUGACUGGGGAACUUGGCGAGUCACUCUGCCGGUGGAUGGUUGCAAAUCAUGUUCAGCAUAUCGCAAUUGCCAGUCGAUCGCCAAAGCCGGCUCGGUGGCACCAAGAACUAAGAUCUCAAGGGUGUCAAUUAAUGGUUCUGAGUCUGGACAUCUGUAAUGCGUCCGAAUUGAAAGACGUGCAUGAUCAGAUCGGGAAAACAAUGGCGCCAAUCGCCGGAGUGGUCAAUGGCGCCAUGGUGCUGGCAGAUGCUGCAUUCUUCAAUAUGGCUUUUGAAGACUUUGUGCGUGUUCUGAGACCUAAGGUGGAGGGAAGUGCCAGGUUGGACGAAAUGUUCUCCGAUGCGAACCUGGAUUUCUUUAUCAUGCUGUCGUCCACAGCCUCGUUGAUCGGGAAUGCUGGUCAAAGUAAUUACUCGGCCGCUAACAUGUACAUGAAAGCAAUUGCCGAACAACGGCGUCAGCGGGGCCUGGCUGGCUCUUGCGUGGACAUUGGCAUGAUCCUAGGUCUCGGCAUCGUCUCUCGCGAGAAAACACACGAGGAACCUUUGCGCAGAGCAGGUCUGAUGGCAAUCGCAGAGCCAGAUUUUCACUGCAUAUUCACCGAAGCUAUCCGUGUCGGUCAAACUACUACAUCGGAAUCUCCUUGUUUCUCCACUGGUCUGCACGCUCCUCUUGGCCAGCUCAGGCCUCAGUGGUAUCGUGACCCCAAAUUUAUGCACUUCCAAGUGAACGAAGACUUUGAUUCCACUGCCAAGAAUUCGAGUACGAUGGUCUCACUACGAGAGCAAGUCGAAGGCAUUAGUGAUACAGCUAUCGCUGCAUCUGUCGUUCAAGAGGCCUUUAUGGGGAUGCUGCAGAGCUUGCUUCAACUGCCUGCCCCCAUUGCCAACCCCGCUAGGCCUCUCAUUGAGCUUGGAAUUGACUCCUUGCUUGCCAUUGAAAUUCGGAGUUGGCUUCACCACGAGUUAGACUUUCAGGUCUCUGUUCUUAAGGUCUUGGGAGGAAUAUCGCUUGUCAACUUAUGCCGAGAAGCUACGGAGUACAUCUUUACAAAAUUAGUCGCCGUCCCCAUGGAGCCCGAAAGUAUAGAAGUAGAACCCAUGAAUCAAGAGCUUCAAUUCUCUUCGGUGCACUGGAAUGACAGAAGACAAUCCGAUACUUUAUCCUACAUAUCUCGGCCUCGAGAUGAUUUUACGGCUGAAAGCGCGUCCCUUACGAGCUAUACAGUUGAAACAACUCCUCAACUCACUUUACAGAUCCCAGAUACAGUGCCGAUCGCCCUCAGGUAUCGAAUGAAUUCGUCUACGGAGAGAACCGUGCCACUCUCUAUCGAGCAGGAAAAGAUGUGGUUCAUGCUGAGUUCCAUUGAUGACCCAUCAAUGUAUAAUUGCAUUAUGCAGUACGAGUUACACGGCCAUCUGGACAAGGACCGACUCAAGGCUGCCGUGAACACGGUGGCUAGGAGACACGAAUCACUACGGACAGCUUUCGUUGCUGAAGCACCAGGUGGAAUUCCGAACCAGUCAAUUUUGAACGAUCCAAGAAUACUCUGGACAGAAAUUAGCAGCGCGGAUCCCUUGGACGUGCCGAAGGAGUUCUUCAGCCAUCAGAGUCGCGUGUUCAACCUAGUUGAAGGAGAGACAAUGGCUAUCUCAGUGAUUUCACCUAGCGAGGACCAUCAUAUCAUAAUAUUCAGCUAUCAUCAUCUUGCCAUGGAUGGAGUUAGCUGGCAAUUGGUGCUACGAGAAUUCGCUGCUGCAUACAAGGAUCCAAAAAGUCUUCCACCGGUUGCCGCUCAGUAUGUAACGUUUGCCAACGAACAGCGGAAAUCAACUCAAUCACUCGCUCACCGAGGGAGAAAGAUGUAUGGUGGUAAACGCUCUCAGGAAAUCCCAGCUCCGCUACCUCUAUUCCCCUUUGCAAAGUCGAGCUUCCGACAAAUACAGACAACCUAUGAGAUGACCCGCAAAUCUUACCGUCUUGACGAAGACACCUCGAACACUAUCAGACAAGCAAGCUCGAGUAUUGGAACUACGGCAUUUCAUUUUCACUUGGCUGCCAUACAACUGUUUCUUCAGCAGAUUCUUCAGGUUGAUAGAUUCUGUAUUGGUAUUGCGAAUGCCAACCGAGAUGAGGCUCGUUUUGAAAGAGUGGUGGGCUUAAUGGUGGAGAUACUGCCUCUUAUAUUUGAACCGCAGAAGAACCAGACGUUCUCGAGUCUGGUCCAGGAGACUCGGUCAAGAGUUUUGGGUGCAUUGAGCCAUUCUUCAGGGGCUAACCAAGCUUCCAUGUCCUCUCAAAAAUAUUUCUCGGGCAAUGAAGUACACAGUCCCCUGUACCAGGUCCUGGUCAACUACAUCGCCGGAGUCACGCAUGAUGUCACUUUCGAUAACUCAGUCUUGCAAUACUCCACAUCAGAUGAUGCUCGUCAGCCCCAGGAUCUGGUGAUAACUAUCCUGGAGGAUAUCGACGGGACCACUCUUUUAUCCUUCCGGGCACAAGACUAUUUGUAUGACGGCGCGGAUAUCCAGCUCCUAGUGUCCCUGUACGCUCGCUUGAUCCACGAUCUGGCUCAGCACCAAGAAAGCCAGCUCAUGGAUUAUGAAUUUUUUGGGUCAUCCGAGCCAGUCUCGGAGCAGUAUCUCGGAAACGGGCCGGAAUUGGAAUGUCCUUUCUGGUCAGACAGUAUCUCACGGCGCAUAUCUACUGUCAUAGAACGCUACCCAGACUCCUUUGCCGCGAAGGAUCAGUAUGGAGCGAGUCUCACAUAUCAGGCAAUGGAGCUUAGGGUCCAGUCUAUCAUAACAAUUCUAGUUGAGGCCAACGCAGGUCCGGGUGACUUCAUUGUGGUAGCCUGUGGGCCCUCUGUCGAUGCAGUAUGCUCCUUGAUUGCAAUCUGGCGUGUGGGCGCCAUUUAUGUGCCCGUUGACAUUGACCAUGGCGUCGAUCGACUGGCAGUGAUCGUGAAUGACUGCCAUCCUUCGGUUAUUCUGUGCAAAGAUGCGCGUACAAUCCGAUUUUUGCAGCAUGAUGACAACCUCGAGAUAGUUGAGCUGACCGAUGACCUUCUCGUGACGAAGACAAUGAGCGUUUACGAUGGGAACGGAGAAGACACGGCCGUUUUACUCUACACAAGCGGAACAACCGGCGUACCCAAGGGUGUCUUGCUUAGCCACGAUAAUUUGCGGUGUCACAUCCAAGCCGUUGAACAGGAAUUUGGAGUUGAUAGACCAGUGGUGCUGCAACAGAGCUCGCACAACUUUGAUGCGUCAAUAUUUCAGAUGUUGACAUCUCUGGUGCAUGGAGGAACGCUAAUCAUGACGAGCGGCCGAAGUGAUCCGAUGGAGCUUGCAUACUUUAUGCUGAAUGAAUCAGUUACCUUGACAUUGGCGGUACCGUCAGAGUACACACUGUGGAUCUCAGAAGCAGGUCAGGUCCUGGAGAAAUGUUCUUCUUGGCGGUAUGCCUUUUGCGGGGGCGAGAAGAUGGGCUAUGCGACAACCCAAGCGUUCGCAGGACUAGGUCUCUUGGAGCUGACAUUAGUCAACGCUUACGGCCCUUGUGAAAUCUCGGUCGCCUGUACAAUGGGAGUCAUACCAUACAAACAAGUGCACAGUGACUCCGAUUCCAUACAUACCGGGCGACCCUUGCCGUGCUACAAUCUAAUCAUGCUCGACGAGCGACUAAGACCGUUACCGAGUGGAUGGCCGGGUGAGAUUUGCAUUGGUGGGCCUGCUGUUGCCAAGGGUUAUCUGAAUCGCGACAAUGAGACGAGCAGCCUCUUCAUCGAUCUUAACGGUCUACAGCUGUACCGAAGCGGCGAUUAUGGUAGAAUAUUGAGCGAUGGGAAUCUCGAAUACCGCGGCCGGAUCUCCGGUGACUCUCAAAUCAAACUUCGCGGCAUGCGCAUUGAGUUGGAUGAGAUUUCCAAUGCUUUCAUACAAUCCUCCAAGGGGGUGCUGACAGAUGCCGCAACGAUUGCCAAGGGCGACGAGGGCAACCAAUAUCUCAUGACAUUCAUCGUGUUCGCUCAUGCUCUUCGACCUGCCGAUACCGAUGAUUUCAUCAAAUUCCUCCUUGGCACUUUACCUCUACCUGUCUAUGCCAAGCCAGCGAUAGUCACCCCUAUCGAGCAUAUCCCUCUCACGGGAAGCGGAAAAGUUGACAGAAAGGCACUCGGCAAACUGCCGGUCAAGCGUAGCCCCCAUCGUUCGGCCGAAGUUACCGGUCUUGGUAUCAUCGAGGUGAAGCUGAAAGAGUUGUGGGAGGAACUUCUUCCCCCAAUGAACACGUUUAUCACCAAACAGUCGAAUUUCUUCGAGCUGGGCGGCAACUCACUUCAUUUGUUGAAGCUUCAGGCGCGGAUUCGUCAGAUUACCAACGCGAAGGUUCCCAUAUCGAGUCUUUUUAGGGCGUCCACAUUCGAAGAAAUGGCAAUUCUUAUUGGAAUGACUACGAGUGCGCACCAGGCUGAAACUUCCAUCGAUUGGGAUGUGGAAACUGCAAUUCCAGAAGACCUUGACCGAGGAGAAACCAUGCGUUCAUUUACCGAGGCCAAGAAGGUCAAAGAGGUCAAGGAGGUUAUCCUCACCGGAGCCACCGGAUUCUUUGGGAAAGCCCUCCUUCGCCAACUGGUAGAUAGUCAAUCCGUCGAGCGGGUCCAUUGCAUCGGCGUUCGGCCAAACGAGGAUGGCUCGCCUAGACAGCUUUCCGUUCAAUCAUCUAAGAUCCGCUUGUACAGCGGUGAUCUCUCUCACACCACCUUAGGCUUGAGCGCGAAAGAUAUAUCGACGCUGACUGCGACCGUCGAUUGCAUCAUCCACAAUGGUGCUGAUGUGUCCUUCCUCAAGCCAUACACCUCGCUUCGAGCUGCAAACGUCUUAUCGACCAAAUUACUAUUUGGACUCUGCCUACCCCGUCGCAUUCCAUUCCACUAUAUCUCCACUGCAGGUAUCACAAGCUUGUCUCAAGAGCAAGUGUUCCCGGAGGAAUCACUUUCUGGUUUCCCGCCGGCUUCCGAUGCCGCUUCUGCAUUGACGGAGGGAUACUCGGCAUCUAAAUGGGCUAGCGAGGUUUUUCUUGAGAAGGCGAACGCAAAAUUCGGCACCCCUGUUCACAUUCACCGGCCCAGCAGCAUCACCAGUCCCGAAAUGCCCACAACCAACGUGAUAGGCACAAUCCUCACGCUGAGCCGGGCAAUGAAAGCCGUUCCCUCCACCGACCUUUGGGAAGGGUACUUCGAUUUGAUCAGCGAGAACCGAGCAGCCGAUCAAGUUCUUGAUAGCAUUUUCCGAGCCACGAUCGAUGAUGAUGCUGGUGUUCGCUUCUCGCAUGUCUGCGGCGAGACUCGAUUUGAUGUUAGAGAAUUGAAAGAGCACAUGGAGUCAUUGGAAGGGGUUGCUUUUCAACAGCUGCUGUGGAAGGAGUGGGUCGAUCGGGCGAGAUCCUAUGGUCUUGAUCCGAUGGUUGGGGCUUACUUGGAGAAUUUCGAUAAUGGCCAGACGAAGAUGUUGUUGCCUUGGCUUCUUCAUUCGAGUGAACAUGACUGA